AUGGUAACGACGUCCCUACGGCGUCUUGGACUGCUCGGUGCAGCCACCAUCGCUGCAUCAGCGCAGUCCUUCGAAGCAUCUGCUGCUAACAUUAAGCCGAAGCCUUUAUUUGCAAAGGAUAUGGUGGACUACCUUCAGUGCCAAGUGUGCCAGACGCCAGAGCUGAAGGGUAGUGUGCAGGACUCGGCAUGCGAUUAUAAAACGGUUGACAAGGCGGUGAACGAGUUUUUCCAUCCUCUUCUGCAGGAGCUGUCACAACUGACGUUCUUCCGGUACUUCAAGGUGGAUUUGGGCAAAGAGUGUCCGUAUUUGCCGUGGCAGGACGACGGCAUGUGUGCCAGUAUUGACUGCGCGGUCUGCGAGUGUCCACCGCACGAGAUUCCAGUGCCUUGGAAUCAACUGGACCACCAGGAGAAAGGUAGUAAGAACGAGAUAGGAAUUUUUUGCGAUGAGCAAACGGGGGAGAGCACAUUGUCAAAGGUUGAGCGCAAGAAUGCAGUGGCAGGAAAAAGCUUUAAAGGGUGGGAAGAGGUCUCCAAUUCUAAUGUAUGGGCGACACAGGGUGAGGCAGAAGAAACAAUGACGUAUAUCAAUCUUCUUGAAAAUCCCGAGAGAUAUACUGGUUACAGUGGCAUCCAGGCCGAACGCAUCUGGAAGGCCAUUUACGAAGAAAAUUGCUUUACGCCUGCGGAUGAAAGUGCUCUAGAUGGCAUGUGUUUAGAAGAGCGUGUAUACUACCGCCUCAUCAGUGGGCUACAAGCAUCGAUUAAUACGCAUAUCGCAUUAACAUAUAAGUUCGGUGAGAAUUGGGGCAUGAAUCCAUCGCUGUUUGUCCAGAGAGUUGGAAAACAUCGCGAACGGCUGCAGAAUCUGUAUUUUGCGUACCUGUUUGUCAUGCGUGCAAUCAGCAAAUACCGUCACGAAUUGCUGGCAUACAAUUACAAUACAGGAAAUACUGUUGACGACCUUCGUGUGAAAGAAAUAUUGCGCCUAUUGUUGUUGGAAGGAUCGGACGAUGCUCGGUCAUCUGGAGCUUCUUGUCCGGCAUUUGCUGAGUGCUCAUCGGUUUUGUCUGGUUUCGAUGAGAGUGCGCUUUUCCGUGUUCGUUCCGAUGGGCUGUCGAUUGACCAACUCACUAAAGCCAAGCAAGAAAAAGAGCAAUUGGAAGUGCAGUUUCGUGCGAAGUUCCAGAACGUGAGUCGCAUUAUGGACUGUGUUACUUGUGAAAGAUGCCGUCUCUGGGGCAAGCUGCAAAUAAUGGGAUUGGGCACGGCAAUCAAGAUUUUACUUACCGAAGACGUGGCGACAAUCCCGGAGAUGCACCGCAACGAACUCAUUGCGCUGAUAAAUGUUGCCAACAACCUUUCUCGAAGUGUAGACGGCGUCAAAAUGAUGCGAGAACUUGAAUUUAUUGAGGCCAUUAAGUUGUUCGGCUUUGUAUGUGGAGGCGCAGUUUUUCUUGUGCUGGUUUUCAUUGUCAUUAUUCGCAAGCGCAUGAAUCAACUGAGUGCACAGAAAAAAAGUGUUUGA